CCACUCUCCGCCAGUAGUUUGCCCACUGCCGUCGUGAUUGGAUGUGUCUAGUGUGUUGUUAGUGGCAAGAAGAAAAAAAGUCAAAAUCCUCCAGCAGCUAAAGAGCAUUGCCGUGUUUUUUUUUUUCUCCCCCGUGUCGCCUACUCGGACUUUGCUAGUAAAAGAAGAAGAAGAAGAGAAAAGAGUUUUGUUUUAUUAGCCCCGAGUAUUUGUUCAAUUCCCCCCGGAGCGUGUUCUGCCGCAAAGAGCGGGAUCGAUAGUGGGACGACCAUGUUAUCUGUCAAUCUCAAUUGAUUGAUGCGACUGCGAUUGGCAUUAUUUAUUUUUUUUCACUCCCGAGUAUUAAUCACUGUUUAAUCAAGACCGAUUCGAUUCAACAAUUGUGUGGUACCAUCGCGGCAAUAAGGCCAAGAAAAGAUUUUUAAAAAUAACAACAAAACAAAAUUAAUAAAUCCUCCGAAGCGUCAGAAAAAUGACGGACCGCGACCAGCUCGGCCGGUCGGAUGAGAAGAAAGCUUCGGCACUGCUAGCGUCGCCCGACUGCUGUUGCGGCGUCGGCGACACGUCGUCGUCGUCAGGGCCGUCGAACGGCAAGAGUCAUUUGGUCUGGCGGCGGUACUGUGUGCUGGCGCUGGCCAUCUCCACGCUGAGUGUUCUGUUGUGCGCGGUGACUUGGUCUCAGAACGCCUCGACUCAUCGGCGUCUCUUGCUGGUCGAGGAACGGCUGAAGGCCUCGCUCACCAUCGACGACCCGCAGCUCGACGUCAAACUGACGGCCCUCCUGGACAACAAACUGAUGCUCUUCCCCGACAGCAGCAGCAGCAGCUCCGGCAAUGCUGGUAGCGGUAGCAGUCAGGCUCGCAGCCGCACCAUCAGACAAGCCGCUUCGGCACCGGCAGAUUGCCUCUGCCCGCCAGGUCCAGCUGGUCCGCCCGGUAAGAGAGGCAAGCGCGGUCAGAAAGGUGACGCUGGAGAUCCUGGACUAGCGGGCCCACCCGGACCCAUCGGCAAGAAUGGAUUUCCUGGACUGACUGGCGCACGAGGCUACCCGGGUUUUCCGGGCCCUAUUGGGUUAGAUGGGCCGAAAGGCGAACCGGGCCGUCCAGGCGAGAAGGGCAACAAGGGCGAAACGGGCAACAGCGGUUACGAUCUCCUAUCCACGUCCAAGCAGAACAUCAAGCGCUCUGCCAUCACGACGCAAACCGAUCUCUUCGGCUAUGGCACCGUUUACAUGGUCAAGGGUCUAAAAGGUUUGGGCUUCAACAUUGAUCCGGAAUCGAUACUGAUGCUCAAGGGUGAACCUGGAGAUCCCGGACCGCCAGGACCGCCUGGUCCUCCAGGACCGACCGGCCUACCUGGUAUUGACGGCCGUUCAGGACCCCCAGGUGAAAUUGGACAACCGGGAGAUGCCGGACAGCCGGGAUUCCCUGGAUCCCCAGGAGCUCCCGGACUCCCUGGAGCGCCAGGAAUGAUUGGCUCAGCUGGCCCAAAGGGAGAAAAGGGUGAACGCGGACCGAUCGUGAAUGUCGAUGGAAAGAAUUUCCCCGGCGGAAUAGUCGAAGGCCCACCAGGACCGCCAGGAGCUCCAGGUGUGCCCGGUGAAAAGGGAGAGGCGGGAGCGAUCGGCCCACCGGGUCGUGACGGAGAAAAGGGUAUUCGCGGCAAGAGAGGCAAACGCGGCGAAUCAGGAGAAGCUGCCGAGCGCGGAGCUCCCGGACUACCCGGACCCAAGGGUGAAAUAGGCGAGCGCGGCUACCGCGGUGAAAAGGGAGAGAAAGGAGACAUGGGACUACCAGGAGUGCAAGGUGAAGGUGGGCUGCGCGGUCCACCAGGUGCCGAUGGUAACGAUGGCGAGGUUGGAGCUCAGGGACCCCCGGGCCUACCGGGACUGAUGGGACCCAAAGGCGAAAAAGGCGAGUACGGCGAUAUUGGUCCCCCAGGAUUGAUGGGACCCCCCGGUUUACCUGGACCACCUGGCUAUCCGGGCGUCAGGGGAGAAAAAGGCGACAAAGGAGAGUCGAAGUAUAAAAAGCUCAGGAGAAGACAGCAGGGUGAUGGCGCUAUCGACGGAGUUGUCACCGAAGUUGUCAUGGGAGCUCCAGGUCCUCCAGGACCACCUGGAGCAUCCGGACUACAGGGCCCACCUGGAAUCAAAGGAGAUAGAGGAAAUGAUGGCACUAAAGGCGAAGCCGGCGAAAGAGGUGAAAAGGGCGAUGCUGGACCAAUUGGUCUUCCGGGACCGAUGGGAUUACGAGGAGAGCCUGGGCGGACAGGUGAAACAGGCAAGAUGGGCCCAAUGGGACCAAAUGGUUUGGACGGAAUCAAAGGAGGUAGAGGAGAACCGGGACGGAAAGGAGAAAGAGGCGAGCCUGGUCUACCGGGGACGGACGGAAUACCUGGAAUCAAGGGCGAGAAAGGCGAAAAAGGUACUAAAGGUGACUUGGGAAUGUUGGGAAAGAAAGGAAAGAAAGGUGAGAGAGGACCGAGAGGAGAACAGGGACCUAGCGGACUGGAUGCACCGUGUCCUUUAGGCGCGGAUGGUUUGCCCAUCCCUGGAUGCGGAUGGAGACCAGGAAGCCAACCAUCUUACGGAGCGCCGGGAAGCAGCACCAACCGACCGGCUGGUCCACCGACGACCACAACAACCGCACCCGACUCGGUCGAUUACGAAGACGAAGACGACUAUGACGACGUGACGCCCGAGCACAACGAGCGCGUCGGACGAUUUAAAUUAAUGGGCCAAAUUGGAGGAGGAGCCGGCGGCGGUGGAGGCGACGCAGGAGAAAUCAAAUUGAAAACUGUACAGUGAAAAAAAAAACAGAAAUUGAAAAAAUAAAAUAACAAACAUUUAACCCUAAAUAAAGAAAAGAAAAUGAAGAAAAAAAACUCGCUUCUUCCAUCCCCUAUGAUCAAUAACAAAUUACAAUAAGAGGCUCGAACGGAGAAAUCAAUUUGUUCUGAAAAAAAAAAUAUUCGUUCGUCCUCAGUUUCGUUCUUUUUUUUUUUAAUUCUCUGUGCGUUAUAUUCUGUUCAUCAUAACGUUCGACUAACGACAAAAAUGUUUUUUUUUUCUCGCGGAAAAUAGAUUCAACUUGUUUGUUUAGUUCUGUAUCCUUUUCUUUUGUCUUGUUUUAACUCUUGAAAAGUUUGAUGUCUUCGCAAGUAAAACAACAAAAGUUGCAGUGAUUUUCUUUUCAUAGUAUUGUUUGCGGAAUCAUGUAAAUUGCACGCGCUAUGUGACUACAGGACAAAAUUUUUUUACAUAAUAAUAAACCAUCCCUCUAAACACAAACAAAACAAAAGAAAAGCAGAAAAAAAAAAAAUAAUAAUAAUGUCUUGCCAAAUGUCUCCGUGAAAUGUUAUUUUACAAUAAACCAAUGAAGUUCCCGUUCAACCUUUUUUCGCCUGACAUAAUCAGUAUCGCGUCUAUUUGUCGACCCAAAUUACUGGCCAACAUAACAUUACAGCACUUCUCUCCCCCCCCCCCUUCCCUCAUCAAUUUUCUAUUUUUCGAAUAUGCCAUCCAUAAUACUCACUGUGACAUUUGUAUAAAUGUGCUGCUGCCUCCCGCUCCGCCCGUUCUCCCUGUCAAACUUCCCUCAUCUUCGACUCUUCUCUAACUAUUCGAUUGAUUAACAAAACAGCAAACGAGUGUUCAAUAUGUAUAACUUUCCCUCUGAACGGUCUUCGAAACGCCAAAAUUAACCACAAUCCCCCCCAUCAUCUUCUUCCUCCUUAUCGUGUUCUCUCGUAUAACCAUUUAUCAGAAUUCAGAAUAUCAUGUGUUAACCCGCCGGUCUCCUGUUUACCCGCAGACCCCUUUCACAUUACAUAUUGCUGUACAUUUUCAUCACACAGCGUCAUAGAAACCUCAACAACAAACCAAUAUGUCACCAUCAAAACAUUCAAAGAAAAAAUUUAAAACAUUAAAAAAAAAGACAAACAAACAAUAGAAAAUCAUCUGGUA